GGUUUCCUAAGCUCUGCUUGCUGUUACAAAUAUCUCAUGGACUGUGGAAACCACUGGAACUUCAAUGAAUAUUUGAGGCUCACAAACAAUGAGGUCCACGUGAACCCAAUCUGGUCAGAGGAGACACUGAAGACAAUGAGUGACUUUAUUAAACACUCCUCAAAAAGAGUCAACAUGAUACUGGCCUGUGAUGGUUACUGUGAGAUACGUGAAAGAUGUGUUCACUUCUUGUCAGACUGUCUGGGUUGGACGUCCUCUAUACGUUUUUCUACAGGAUUUAAUGAGAAAUCAUUCAUAACCAUGAUGGAGUUGUGUCAAAAGUAUGAUGGAAUUACAGGAGGCUGCAAUCUGUAUAAAUUUGUAGGACUCUUUGGACCCCUGCCAAAUAAAAUGGACUUCAAAGACACAUCUUGGAUUAGUCAGGUGGACUUCAGAUUUUUACAGAAGUAUCUUAAUAAGGAUGUAACACAAUGGUACACGUACAGUGACAGUUUGUCAGCCCUGGAUCAGUUCAUUAUCAGAACCCUCUUCAACAUUUCAAGGUGUUUAAUGUCUCCUUCAAGAAAAACUCGAGUGUCACUCUCUGUGUGGUGGAUUAAGUCAGUAAGACCCUUGUUGAUAGACACGGCCACAUUUAGAUCAGCAGCACCGCGGUGGUACCAAAGGCUCUACGGGGUCCACCUCAGUGUCGACUUGUAA